UCGAGAGGAUGGUAGCACAAUCUAGAUCUUACGUUUGGCAGUGUUUGCCCGCAGUAUAAAAACUAUAUAAACCGUCGGACGGAACUUGGUUUUCAGUCUGCAUGCACCCAAGCGCGGAUUGCGAGAUCCAAAAGCCAUUCAAAGGAUAGGAGCGUUAGUUUUCUUGGAUCAUCAUGUCUGAACAGACGGGAUCGAAAUUAGCAGGAAAAUGCACGACGACGUACAAAAUCCUGCAAAGCGAGAGAGUAGGAAGAUAUAUGGUGGCUAACAAGGAAUUGGAAGCUGGCGAGGAGAUCAUCACGGAAAUGCCGUUUGUAGUGGGACCGAAAGCUGCCACGUACCCCUUGUGUCUUUCCUGUUACACACCUUGGCCAGCUACGGACGACAAACCGCUUUGCUCGAAAUGCGGAUGGCCUGUUUGCUCAACAGAAUGCGAGAAUCAACCGCAGCACAAGGACUACGAGUGCCAAAUAUUCGCUCAGGCUAAUGAGAAAUUCAACGUAGAAGCUGCGUUGCAAGAGGCGAACGAGAACGGAGUACCUCAAUUGGAAUGUAUUACUCCUUUAAGAUUGCUUUUAGAAUCAGAGAAAAAUCCUGAUAGAUGGAACAAUGAAGUAAAGGACAUGGAGGCUCAUAACAAAAUUCGAAGUCAGAAGGAGCAGUGGAAAUCUGAUCAAGUAAACGUAGUGGACUAUAUAAAAAACAGACUGAAACUGGAAAGGUUCUCUGAAGAACAGAUUCAAACAGUUUGCGGUAUUCUGGAAGUGAACGCUUUCGAAAUUCGUUCAUUGAAAGGAUUCCCUGCGAGAGCACUCUACCCGACGACUGCUAUGAUGAACCACUCCUGCGUUUCCAACACCUGCCACAGCGUAUCGCCAAUUGAUUACAGAAUAAGACUGCGUACGACGUUGAAGAUUCCUCCAGGAGGCGAACUCUAUGGAAGUUACGUGCAUUCUCUACUACCUACGAUGUUAAGAAGAGAACAUCUCCUCGCAGGGAAAUAUUUCGCUUGCGCCUGUCCGAGAUGCUCGGAUCCUACGGAAUUAGGGACGCACAUGUCGUCCUUAAAAUGCAGCAAGUGCGACAACGGAGUGAUUUUAUCAUUAGAUUCACUUGAUCCUGAGAGUUCGUGGAAAUGCACGCAUUGUGAAUUCAGUACUUCCGGACCGGCGAUUCGAAAAGUAUUGUCGGUUGUACAAGCGGAGGUCGACGCGGUGGAAGCUAUCAGUGGAGCCGACGGAGCCGAUGCUAUUCAAGCUAGGGAAUCGGUUAUGAAAAAGUAUCGUUCGGUCUUACACCCUCGACACGCGUUCUGGACGAUCCUCAGACAUUCACUGACGCAGAUGUACGGACGCGUGGACGAGUAUUUGUUAGACGAUCUACCGGACGUCGUAUUGGAGCAUAAAAUCGACAUGUGCAAAUCGCUACUCCAAGUACUGGACGUGAUAGAGCCCGGCUGUUCUCGCAUUCGAGGAAUGACUUUGUACGAACUCCACGCGCCUUUAUUGUUCAUCGCGAAGACGCAGUGGAACGCAGGGGUGAUCGACGAGGCCGCAUUGAAGUCUAAAAUGAUCGAGGCUUCAGAAAUUUUAAAAGAAGCAAUAAAGAUUCUAUGUAUGGAACCACCGGAAACACCGGAGGGACAAAUAGGCGUCGUUGCUAAACAAUCUCUGGUUCAACUCGAGCAAUCCAUCAACGAUUUAUAAUAUUUGUUAAAUAUAUGUAAAAGUAAAUAGUAAAUAAAUGAUUUGUAACGUA